AUGCCGGCGUCGGAGCUACUGGAGGAGCUCAAGACUCUGAUGAGGGAGGAGGCAAGGCUCUCUCGUGCUGCCAAGGAGCUGCGGGGUCGACAUUUUCGCGUCAGCAGGUUGGAGGAGGAGGCAGAAAGCCUGAGGACGCAGGUAGAAGACGCCAUGGUAACUACACAGAUCGAUGCCAGGGCGAUAGUGGAGGAGAACAGAGAGCUGCGCAUGCUGGUGAGAGCCGCCGAACAAGAUGCCAUGAUGGCGCUUCAAGAGCUUUCCCGCGUGCAAGCUCAAGCUAUCAGUGCCGUGCGGAGGGUCAUGAGCUCGGAGGAGGAGGUGGAGGAGGACGACGGCAAGGACAGGAACCAGGGCGAGGAGGAGGAGGUGGUGGAGGAGGAGGAGGAGACACGGCAUGCGAGGUUUCCUUUUUAG